AUGGUGAGAGAUACUUUUCUGAAAAAUCCAGAAGUUGAUAUGAAAUUACGACUUAUCGGGAGAAGGGAGCAGGAUGGAAGAACAUAUAACCUACCGACUGCUUCUGAGGUUGCUGCUUUAAUUAUUGGUGACAUUUCUGAUUCAAUUGAAAAGAGGGAUAUCGUCGUUCAAACAAAAAAUGGCUCUCUACAACGUAUCAGUGAGUUGCAUCCUUCGUACCUUCCUCUCCAAUAUCCAUUACUAUUUCCAUAUGGGGAUGAUGGUUACAGUGUUGACAUUCUUCAUAGAGGUGUGUCAUUUACGACCAACACCAAGCGUGCGAAAUGUACAAUGAGAGAAUAUUUCGCUUAUAGGAUUCAAGAUAGAGAUCAUUCGUUCUCUCUCAUUCUUAAUUCAAAAAGGUUGUUUCAACAGUUUCUGGUAGAUGCCUAUACUAUGAUGGAAACAGAGAGAUUGUACUACAUACGUAGGCAACAACAUGUUCUUAGAUGUGAUUCUUAUGAAAAUUUACGUAACCAAAAAGCUCAAGGAACGACUGAUAUCUCCAAUGUCGGCCAACGUGUCAUAUUACCUUCGUCCUUUACUGGUAGAGCACGCUAUAUGCUGCAAAACUAUUUGGAUGUUAUGUCACUAUGUAAAUGGUUUGGAUAUCCUGAUUUUUUCAUAACCUUUACGUGUAAUCCCAAAUGGCCUGAGAUUAAAAGGUUUCUUAAGGAUACUUCACUUCAACCAGAACACAAGCCUGAUAUAUUAUGUAGGUUGUUCAAGAUCAAGCUUGAUGCAUUCAUUAAAGACUUAAGGGAGAAUCAAAUUUUCGGCAAAGUUCAAGCAUAUGUUUAUACCAUUGAAUUUCAAAAAAGAGGUUUGCCGCAUAGUCAUAUAUGUCUAUUCAUGCAUUCUGACAACAAGCUACCAACUGUUGAACUUAUCGAUUCGAUAAUUUCAGCCGAGAUACCAGACAGAAUUGAAGAUCCUGAAUUAUAUCCUUCUGUUGUCAGACUACCUUUUCAUCUACCUAAUCAACAACAGAUUGUAUAUGGUGAAGACGAUGAUAUUGAUGAUGUUCUUGACAAACCUUCUGUUGCGGCUUCAAAGUUCACAUCUUGGAUGGAGUGUAAUGCAAUCGACAGUGAAGCACGAAAACUUACAUAUGUUGAAUUUCCUACAAAGUUUGUUUGGAUAUUAAAUGGUCGGUUUUGGAAGCGAAGGAAAGUAGGAAAAGCCAUCAGUAGAAUUCAUUUGGUUUCACCUAAACUAGAUGAAGCAUAUUUCUUAAGGAUUCUUUUAAAUAAAGUAAAAGGUCCGACAUCAUUUGAUGAAAUUCUCACGGUAAAUGGUCAAAGACAUUCUUCUUUUAGAGAUGCUUGUUAUGCACUCGGGCUAUUAGAUGAUGACAAGGAAUACAUUGAUGCAAUUAAAGAAGCAAGUCAUUCUGGAUCUUGUUUUUAUCUACGCUUCUUAUUUGCUACAUUGUUGAUGUGUAAUAGUAUGUCUAAACCAGAGGUCGUUUGGGAAAAUACAUGA